CGCAAGUCACAGUUGCUACUGCAAUGUUGGCAAAAGUGAUUGAUGUACGUAGGAAGAGAAGUGAAAACUGUCAUGGGAGUCGAGCAGCAAUCGCAUCGUAAAUAAACACAAUUUUGACUCCAAAAAAGAUUGUUGGAAAGCAGUCAUGAUGUCGGAAGACGACCACCAGGCAGAUAUCUGCCGAGUGUGUCGGUGCGAGGGCUGCACGGAGCGACCACUCUUUUACCCUUGCAUCUGCACAGGCUCCAUCAAGUACAUCCACCAAGAAUGCCUGGUGCAGUGGAUGCGUUACAGCCGCAAGGAAUAUUGCGAGCUCUGCGGAUACAGGUUCUCUUUCACCCCAAUCUACUCUCCAGACAUGCCUCGGCGCCUGCCUUUCAGGGACGUGGCUGCGGGUCUUCUGUCCAGUGUAGCCACUGCUGUCAAACACUGGUGUCACUACACAAUUGUGGCCCUUGCCUGGCUGGGAAUAGUUCCUUUGACCGCUUGCCGAAUCUACCGCUGCCUCUUCACAGGAUCAGUGCACUCGGUGCUGACCCUGCCUCUGGACUUGCUGUCCAUGGACAAUCUUGCCGCGGACAUCCUGCACGGUUGCUUGGUAGUGACGUGCACCCUGUUCGCCUUCCUCAGUCUUGUGUGGCUGCGAGAACAGAUCCUGCACGGUGGAGGGCCCGACUGGCUGGAGCAAGAGCUGCCAGCAGACCCCAUUCCAGAGCCCGAUCCCGGCUUGCCUGAAGUCGAUUUGGCAGGUGGCGCUGGGCCCGUCGAAGGUAUCGCCCAGAUGGAUGCCGAGGUGAACCAGCAGCAGCCAGACGUGCAGGACAAUGCCCCAGCUCAAGCAGAUCAGCAGGAGGAGGCAGGAGGCGAUGGAAAUGACCUGGACGGAGGAGACGACGGUAACUGGAACCCUAUGGAGUGGAACGCCGCUGGCGAGGAACUCACAUGGGAGCGGUUGCUCGGCUUGGACGGCUCGCUUGUGUUCCUUGAGCACGUUUUUUGGGUGGUUUCAUUGAACACGCUGUUUGUGCUCAUCUUCGCCUUCUUCCCUUAUCAUAUUGGAAACUACAUUGUCAUGGGAAUCACAAUUGGACCCUACGUGGCUGCCUCGCAUUUUGACGGCCUAGUAACUACCCUGGUUGGCUACUGCGCAAUUGGCGUAAUUUUGGUGUUACUCCAUGCCAUCUCCAAAGUUCUCCAGCUCAGGAAGAUCUGUCGAGGACUCGGCUUAUGCUACGUGGUUGUGAAGGUGUCCCUCUUGUGCGUGGUCGAGGUGGGCGUACUGCCGCUGGUGUGCGGCUGGUGGCUGGACAUCUGCUCGCUGAACAUGUUCGACGCGACGCUGAAGGACCGUGAGACGAGCUUCCGUCAAGCGCCAGGCACAUCUCUCUUCAUCCACUGGCUUGUCGGCAUGGUUUACGUGUACUACUUCGCCUCGUUCGUGCUGUUGCUGCGCGAGGUGCUCCGUCCAGGUGUGCUGUGGUUCCUCAGGAAUCUCAACGACCCCGACUUCUCGCCCAUCCAGGAGAUGAUCCACAUGUCCGUGGCACUUCACGUUCGGCGUCUGCUCAUGUCGGCGGUCAUCUUUGGCACCGCUGUGUUGCUCAUGCUGUGGUUACCAGUGCACCUGCUCAAGAUGCUCUUUCCGGGCUUCUUGCCCUACGUCGUCACCCUGAGCACCGCCGCGGCCCCUGUCGUGCAGAAUGCUGGGCAGUCUUCUCUGGCGUCAGCCGUUUUCACUGGUGACCCCCAGGUUUCGCCGGCAGCGGUGGCCCACGAGGCGUCACCCACGCACGGAAGUGAACUGUCGCUGGAGUUGCUGCUUCUACAGGUUGUCCUGCCAGCUCUGCUUGAGCAAUCGCACACUCGGUCCUGGCUGAAAGCCAGCGUCCGCCUUUGGUGUGUCGCCGUUUCGUGGUUGCUUGGCUUGCGCUCGUAUUUACUCGGUGACGAGGAAGAUCGUGACCAGAACGGCGAAGACAGCUUUGAAGGUGACAAUGAGGAAGAGGAGGAACAGAACUUGGCCGAAAACAGGAACAACUUGAAUUUUGAUGGUAGUGAUGAUGAACAAGACGAGGGAGUGGAGGAAAAUGCCAAUGACGACAUGGAGUGGGAAGAUGUUGAUCCUCUCGACCUGGGAGCUGCACACCAACAACAGGCCCUUCUCCAUCGAGACCAGAGCAACAUGGUGGGCAACCAGCCGUACCACCGGCCAGGCUGCUUUGUGGCGCGCCUGGUUGGGCUGCUGCUAGUGCUGGCCAUAUCGCUGGUUGUGGCUAGCGUGGUUGUGCUGACAGUGCCGGUUUGGAUAGGUCGCCGACUGCUGAGCCUCAUCUGGAUCCGGCAGGGUGAAUCGAUGGCCGUGCACGAGCUGUACACAGCGGCCGCCGGCACUUACAUGUGCUGGGCCUCGGCCAGGUUCGUCGCCUUCAUGUCGGCAUGGGCGCCACGAGGUCGCGUCGCCGUCGGCAAGAGUCUACGCCGCAAGCUGGCCACCGCCAGCAAGUCGGUGGUGGCGGCCAUUGUGUUGCUUGGCCUCGUGCCUCUGCUCUUCGGCACCCUGCUUGAGGCCGUGGUCGUUGUUCCUCUCAGGGUGCCGCUCCACCAAACGCCGGUGCUGUGCGCCUGGCAGGACUGGGCCCUCGGAGUACUGUACACCAAGAUUGCUUGCGCCGUCACCCUCAUGGGGCCUAACUGGUGGCUCAAAGCUGCACUCGAGAGAGCCUACAGAGAUGGACUGAGGGAGUUGGAUCUGGUGCGGGUGAUGCGGGAGCUGGCUGCCCCGGUGUUGAUGGGCUUUGGUCUCGCCCUGGCUGUGCCAUACAUCCUGAGUCAGUCGAUUGUGCCCCUCUUUGUCACAAAUCCGAGCACCAAGGUUCUCCUAGCUCGCCGCAUCUAUCCAUUUUUGCUGCUGGCUAGUCUUUGCAUUGGUGCUGGAGCCUUCCAGGUUCGCCAGUUCCGACGAUUAUACGAGCAUAUUAAAAAUGACAAGUACCUCGUUGGCAGACGCCUUGUUAAUUACGAUCAGCGCAAGAAACAGAAAGCUCAGAGCACAGCACACUAGGAUGCUGGAGACUUCCCUGGCUGUGUGUGAUCCGUGUGGUGAUACUUGUUUUAUUACAAAGUAAUUAACAAAAAUGCGACUGCUGAAUAUAAAAAGACUUGCUGAAAUCUUAUGUCGUUGAAUUCAUUUUUGAUUUUCUUAACGACGUAAGAUGUAGAAAAGAAUCUGUCAAUCUUGUAAGAGAGAUUUGUAUUCCUUCUUGGCUAAGCAGAUAGCGCUUAUAAACCAUACCUGUCAUUUUUUUCUCAUUGUAAAAUAUCUAUUAAAAUUACUACCGGCUUAAAAUUUCUCAUUAACAUCUCAAUUGUUCCAAUUUUGAAGUGUAAUUAGUAAUACCCUUGAAAGUUUGUAUGGUUGAAAGAAUCGUCUCUGUAUGAAAGUAUGGAUGUGUUACAAUACAAUGUGCAUCAAGGCAUCAAUUCUGUGGCAAACUUUUAUUUUUCAAAUAUCUGCUGAAAAGCUGGUUGUUUCAAAAGAUUAUUAAAAUAAAUUGCGCUCUAAAUUGA